AUGGCUGCAGGAUUCCCCAAUCUGGUGCCAGCGCUCAUGGGGCUAUUGCUGUUCCUGUGUGUUGGGCCCUGGGCUGAAGGCGGGAAGGUGCUGGUGGUGCCCAUGGAUGGCAGCCACUGGCUCAGCAUGAAGGAGGCCCUGCAAGAGCUCCAUGCCAGAGGCCACCAAAUAGUGGUCGUCUCGCCAGAUGUGAACUUGCAUAUCAAGAGAGAGGACUUUUUCACCCUGAUGACCUAUGCCAUUUCGUACACCCAGGAUGAAUUUAAUGACCUCUUACUGGCCCAGGCUUCUCUGGCUUUUGAAGAAGUACAUUUUCUAAAGAUGUUUUUUAAGUCGAUAGAAAUUUUGAAAACUGCUUCUUUCAUUUUUCAAACGUCUUGCAAGGAGCUGAUGUAUAACAAGGACCUGAUUGGGCACCUGAACGCCAGUUCCUUUGAUGUGGUUUUAACAGAUCCUGUUUACCCCUGUGGGGCAAUCCUGGCCAAGUACCUGUCACUGCCUGCUGUGUUUUUUUUGCGUUCUAUUCCAUGUGACUUAGAUUCUGAGAGCACGCAAUGCCCAAACCCUUCCUCAUAUAUUCCUAGGCUAUUAACAAUGAAUUCCGACCACAUGACGUUCCUGCAAAGGGUCAAGAACAUGCUCUACCCUCUGUCCUUGAAGUACAUUUGCCACAUUAUUUUCACUCCUUAUGCAAGCCUCGCCUCUGAGCUUCUGCAGAGAGAUGUGUCGGUGGUGGAGGUUUUCAGCUCUGCAUCCGUGUGGCUGUUCAGAGGAGACUUUGUAAUGGACUACCCCAGGCCAGUGAUGCCCAACAUGGUCUUCAUCGGGGGCAUAAACUGUGCCAACAGGAAGCCAUUAUCACAGGUCUGUAUCGGUGCCUAUGAUGUUCCAAGUGGAACACAUUUUUUUCCCCCUUAA